ACCUUUGCACAACAUUUCUCCAUUUCAUAGACAAAGCAAAGGAAAAUGUGGUUAAGGCCAAUGUGAAGCGUGCAAGCGGGCAGAAAGCAGGUGAACUCUUUGAAACCACCGGGACCCACACGGACAGGUGUGCAGAGCUUCACUUGAAUGCAACAACAGGACUCCAGAGGGCUCAUAGUUCAACGUAUACAUAUGCUGCUAAAAGCUGCCUUCACCUUUCACUUGGUACUAAACUGAGGGGCCUCCUGUCACUCAACCUUGCCACCUAGUGGAGCUCUGAAGGCUCAACUCUCCUCUGGUCAACAGACGACUACCUCCCUCAUCAGGGGAGAUGCCUGCCCUGCAACAUCUCAUCCAGGUCCCAUUAGACUUUCACCUGCUGGAGACAUUCUAACACAAACCAGCGUUGUAGCCUUGUUGAAGAAAUGGAAACCUCCAGCUUCAGUUGCUCAAGAGUCUGCUGGAUCUUGUAGAAUAAGAGCAACAUAUACUGUGUGUGAAAUAAUCCUGCAUCCACUGGUUUCAUGCUAGAGUUCAUGAUACUCCAAAGCAAGAGGCAGGUUUCAUUUAAAAAUACGCAAACUGAGCUACACACUAGAAGUCCUUCCCCAGUAGAGACUGCACAAACAGGAGCAAAGCCAGAUGGAAGCAUCAACAAACGAGACAGCUACACCAACGGCAGAAGCAAACAAUGGCACUUCGACAGACAAAUACACCAGCCACAACUGGGAGUUCUUGGUGGCCGUCCUGGUCACGGCCAUCUCUGUGUCCCUCCUCACCGUCCUCCUGGCUAAAUGUCAGGUGGUUCGGCGCUACUUGGCCAGCUACAGGCACACACGGCUCAGGGAGGCAGACACUGUCAGCCAUCUUGACCCGUCAGGCCUUGAGGUGGAAUUCGCCAUGCAUCGGGGACGUGGAAUGAACCCUGACUGCAUCCCUCCUGUGAGCGAGGAGGAUGAUGACGGCUUCAUUGAGGACAACUACAUCCCAGCCAGCGAGAGAGCGAGAGCUGAGCGAGCGGCGGAGAACAUAGACGAGGACACAGAGGAGGAGAUGGAUGAGAUUGAAUUUACCAUCACUUAGUAGGAGCGUCUCUACACCCCCUCAACUCAAUUUUUGUUGAUCGAGUCAGAAAACCCCCUGAGCCACCAAUUCCACUCCAUUCUUUUCUUCGUGUUGAAAAAUUCAUGUUUUCUAUCAUAAAACGGACACUUCAAAAAAAUUGGUUUAGUGUAUAGGGGGAGGGGGGGGAGCACUGAAAUGUGUAAAUACAUCUGCAUUUUUACGGAAACAUGAAAUAACUAUAUUGCAAAGAGCAUUAUUGUGGCAGGAGUUCUCAUUGUGGGAUCUGAGGGCUCAACAAUGUUCUACGUAAUAGAGAAUUUCAGCAUAUUCUCAGGAAAAUGUACAGCUAUGUGAAAAAAUAAGUGGAAAAAGUUUUACAUUUGGACAAGCAAACAUUUGACUCUCUUUGAUAUAGUCUUAAAGAAGUAUACUUGAACAUACCUUUUUCAAUCAUUUAUUCAACAAGAAUAUCAAUAGAGGUAAUAUUCUCCUGGAAAAGUAAGUACAACCCUGGCAUCAAACCUAUUAUGUCCCCCUUCAGCAGAAAUAACUCCUUGUAGGCAUUUUGCACAUUCCCUCAACAGUCUCUGACAUUUUUGAUCUUUCCAUGUAAAAUUCCUUCACUUGCUAUAUGUUUGAAGGUUUUCUUACAUGCAUGUUUCAAAUCCACCCCAACAACAUUUCAAUAGGUUUCCAAUUGGGGCUUUGACUGGGUUGUUCCGUAACCUUCCAUUUCUUCUUUCUGAGCUACUCUUUGGUGGAUUUGCUGGUACGCUUAAUCUGCUGAAAGGUGCACUUCUGGUUCAGCUCCAGCUUUCGGACAGGUGGGCUCACAUUAUUACGAAGCGCUCUUUGACACGAUGUAGAAUUCAUAGUUGAAUCAAUUUGUGCAACCUGCCUCGGUCCUUGAAGCAGUGAAACAUCCCUAAACCAUCACAUUUCACAGCUGGUGUGAGGCUCUUCUCCUGAGAGGCGGUCUUUGGUUUGCAACAAAUGCGGCUACUGUUACUGUGACAACCACCUCUAUCUUUGAUUCUACAUUAUAUAUAACUACUCUUUGCCUGUAUUAGCAAGAUUUAAAUUUGCUCAGUUUUUUUUGUUUGUUUGUUUGGACAACAAAAAGUUUUUGCAUGUCUCCUGUGCGAGUCAGAUUUUGAAUACAGUUUCAAUAGUUACCUGCAGAUCCUGUGAUGAAAUUCUGGGGUUCUGCUUUUUGCAUCAUGUGGGCUGCUCUGGGGCUGAAGCACCCUUUAUUAAAAGGGUGCCGCUUCAGAGUAGCAAGUGUUUGCUUGUUCAAAUAUGCUAAAAAAAAAAGUCAACAACUGCAAUCGGAUGUGCUUAUGUUUUCAUGUGAUUGUAUUUAAGUCAUCUGCUUUACGACAUGCUUAAUGUGACAGUAUAAUGAAAAUGUAAAAUAGUUAGUGAUGAGUCAUAAUCACACCAAUCAGUUUUUUCAAGGGCAUGAAAAGGGCAUUAAUGUGUCAUUUGUAAAUGUUACCACAGUGAAACACCAAUUUGUGACUCUAUUUGUGGUGACUGACAGACGGAUCCGUUGAUAGAACCUGCUUUUAAAAAUAUCUUCUUGUAGUGAACACGACUGCCUAUAUUUUUGUUCGAAGGUACCAACACGGAUAAAUGUGGAUGUGUAAUGCUAUUCAGGACCAGUGGCGGCUGGUGAAAAUUUUUGGUAGGACGGUGCAGUCUGCAAAUGACCUU